CGGCUACUUCCAGUACACACACGUAGAAAGUGAGUAGCACCUUAGUGCCAGUCUCUGUGUUUUCUUCAGUGCUAGGAGAUUGAUUCUCGUCUUGAAUGAAACUACAAUAUUGAGACUUACUCUCCAUCACUAUUUUCAUGUUUCAAUGAAUUUCCUGUAAGUCCUGGAGUCACUUGUUUAGUUUUCUAACUUGGAGAAAGACACUAAGGAAUGACUUCUGAGAGCACGGGAUUAUUCUCUUGUUAUAAAACAACAGCAGCCAUGCGAAUGUGUUGAUUUCUUUGAUGUGUUUACGUUUAACUUAGAAACGUUACUCAAAGUGACCAGUAGUGGUCAGUGGGAUGGCGUCUAGGAGAAAAAGCGCCAGGCCAACAAACAAGGUCCAACAGCAAGUGGAAGAGGAUGAUGAGGAUGAUAACGGCGAGACAGAGUCAGCCUUAGUACUAACGCUACCAACAAAACAUGUUCCUCUUACAACGCCCAGAGUACAUUUAACUCCCCAUGGUCACAACAAGGGCUCGUGCUUUGGUGCCAGCAUACCUCGAGCUCAAGGGUCUCCAUCAUGCGAAGCGCAGGAGCCAUACAUCGCCAUCCCUUCAGACAUCUACGAAGACUUUGAGGCUCUGAAGUCUGCUACGAAAUUAGAUACCCCUGAUCUCAUGAGGAAGCUGCUCAAAGACUACCACAGAUUAGCAACCUCACCAACACAUUUGUUACGAGAGCGACGAUUGGAUGGAGUCAUAGGCGACAUAGUUGCAGCAAAGACAUCCUCUGCCCUUGACCUGUCCAGGAGCUGCCACAGUGUCACCAAUGUGUCAGAUAAGAACCGUGACGGGGCACAUGUGAGAAGCAGCCCUAAUUACUCUCUGGCAGAGCAACAAUGUGUUGAGGAUGAACUCUCGGAAGAAGAAGAGGAAGAAGGUGAACUUAAGCCUUUGGAUUUAACCUUAAACCGGCAUGAGCCGGCUGUGUCACCCGACUCCGCUAUCGUGGAGGAUAUUCACAUGAAAAGUUCGAAGUCGGCCUUGAGUUUCGGAAACCAAUCAUUCGAGACUUAUCAAAGUCUGUCCCCACAGAAACAUACUGGAUCGUAUGUAAUAAACCUUGAGCCAGGUAGCGAGGGAAGUAUAACCUCCAAUUCAAUGUUGGCUAAAGUUUUACAGUUGGACAUCCCACCCAAAAAUGUUCAUAAAAUUCAGAAUUAUUCUAUUGGUUCUCCAUCUACUUUGUUCGGUCAAGCGAAUAGAAAGAAUCCAGCCUAUAGUCAGACAUCAGCAUUGUUUCUGAAUGAUACAAACAAGGUGGAAGAAGACAAAUCUGACAUCAAAAGCAUACCGUUUGCAAGAAAUGAAAACAAUUUAAGACUUAGUGGUCUUCCAUCAUAUUCAGAAGCUUUAAGCUCUGUCUUGCAUUCACAGACAAUCUCCACUAGACUUAAAGAAUGUGAAUCAACUAAAGAAUCUUUGACAGAUGCCAGUGGUGUAAAGAAAGAGCUCCUAAACAGAGGAUUAUCUGUGUUUCAGACAUCUUUAGGAGAAUCGGAUAUUUCACAAAGCCAAAGAAAAUUACCGUUUGGAUUAAAUUUACCACAUGUUGAUACAACACAUAGAAUUUUACAUCAACAUUUCAUGCAGCAGCAGCAGUUGAAAUCAGAACUUCAACAUCAAAAUAUAGCCAAUGAGGUACAACAAAGUAGACCAGUUAGCGGCACUCAGAUGUCAAUGAAAAUGUUAUCAGCUCAGUCUCCAGUGAUAGAAGCUGUAGACUGCAACGGAGAAAAACACAGUUUGAAAGCCAGUGACUUAAGUUUUCCUAACUUUCUUCUUGAUCCUCAAUCACUGGGAAUUCAACCUAGCACCACAGCAAUGUCCAAUGGAGCAGUAGCGUCCACUGCUUCCAUUCCAAUGCCUGCAUUUUUCAUGACGACACCCACCAGCUGUAUGAAUGGCGUUGUAGCAGUACUGCACUCACUACCAGAAGGUGUCACAGGCUUGCAGCCCUUUGCCUUUGCUCCUCAUCCCGUGCAGCAAUCAUCCAUCAGUUCAUCGUCCAUACCAGCACAGCUUUCAACAGAUAUGAUCUUUACAACGGCCAACACGACACCGGCAACAAAUUUCACUUCUAUCAGUGCAUCAACGACUUUAAGUGAUCAGAACGCAGCCAUCCAAGCAGAAACUACACAGCCUUCACCACCUUUAGCAUCAGCAAGACCGAAACCGGGUCGGCCUAGAGGGAAAGGCGGAAGAGGAAAACUGCAAAGAAUCCAAAAUAAAGAUAUGAAGCUGUUAACAGAGAAUACGCUGUUCCCUGGUGUCUAUACGAGCAUUCUAAAACUUCCUUGGAGUCGUAGAUCCAGAAAUAAAAGCAAGUCAAAAACUGUCUUAGAAAUGAAGAAAGAGGCUCAGAUAAUUGCUCAUGAAAAGGUUACUGAAGAAGAAUCUCAUUUUCUUUGCGAAUCUGAAGUACAUGAUUUAGAAUCUCCUUCUCAAGAGAUAGAAGAUGUAUUUGAUACAUUGAAUCAAGAAUGUAAACAAGAAAAACAAGUCGACUUAAAAGGGCUUAAUGAACAUACCUUUGAAAAUUCUAUGCUUUAUACACAAGAGAGUUCUAAUGAGCCUCCAAAACUGGAUCACAUACAAUCCAUUCAGCGUCAAAAGCAGAAGGACCUGGAGCAACAGCAGCGUCUUCAUGCACAGUAUCACCAAAGACUACAAGAAGAGCAGAGGAAGCUGACCAAACAAAUUGAGAUGUCUUACUUAAAUAUGUCUAGCUCCCCUGUCCAGACUUUGUCCAUCAAUGCUCUCAACUUGCCAACUUUAAAACAGGAAGCUAUGUCUCCUGAUCUUUGUUCUCCGGUGUCUAAGUUAUCAAGCAAAUCGUUAACCCCUGACGGAGAAGAGACAUUUCCCUCUAACGAGAGUGUGGUCAUGACGUUUUCAACUGACGAUAAAAAAGCGUUGACCUCGAAGUUGCCAAGAAAACGUGGACGACCUCCUAAGAUGCAUGUUUUAUAUAGCCCGCUAGAGAAACAAACUGAGAAUACUGACAUAGCUUCGAGCUCAAUCCAGUCUCCACAUAAAGCUGAGAUAGAGCCUGAUAACUUUCUGAACGUCACAACAGCUGCAACCACUUCUAAUUUCUCUAUUCUGAAAUCCGCUCUAUCGACAAUGAGUUCAGACGGAUUCGCUCAUCGCCGAGCUAUUGAACAAUUCACCACUAGACCCAAUUUGAGUACGACUUUGAUGGAGCCAGACAUGGAAGUUCAGACAGGCUUAAACAAGAAGUUGUCGUUUCUUACAAGUCACAUUGAACUUGAUUCGCCAGUAGCCAAACAUCAGCCGGAGGAUGAAACAACAGCAAGCAGUUACCUGGAGUAUGAAGACGAGAGCACACCAGACGAACAAGAUGCAGCAUUGACCAAUGAAAUAACACCGGAAGUAAAACCUCGCAAGAAGAAAGUUUCAAGAUCCUUGAAGUCAAAUGAGAACUUUAUGUACGCCACUUUUAAAAUCAAGCCUAAAAACGGUGGACUGACGCCAAGGAAGAGCCGAAGAAAGCGUAAAGAUGUGCUGGCAAGCACUGCUGCUGCUGCUGAGACCAUUGCAAAUCUGAGACAAAGGAAACUCCUUGACGCUACUCUUUCUGAUGGACUGAAGCCGUCCUCAAUGAUUGCAUGGAAAUUCCAUGAACAGUAUCCGCAUUCAAGCGAAGAAAAUUCGGAGAAAAUAGUCGCUGAAAAGAGAACUGCAAACCUGCUGAACGGAGAUUUUAGCUUAAUAGAGAGCCCUCAUAAUGUGUUGCAGACUUUUGAAACAUGCCUUGAUGUGCCAAGAUCCGGGGAAAAGUUGCAGAUGCAGCUCAAUAAUGAGCUCAUAGAUUCAGAACUUAAGGCCGAAUGUUGUGUGACAUGUGGCCAAAUUUUUCAAAAGCAUUAUUCCGACACGAGCGCGCGAUGUAACGAGUGCAUCCGAAACACUUCCAUGAUCAUCAAAUCUUCUAAACUCUUUUCGUUCGGGGAUUUCCCAACGUCAUCCUUAGCAUCCGUGCCUCCGGCUUCAACACCUUCCAGCACUCUAGCAUCCAAAAUGGAAACAGUUCUCCCCAGAGAGACAGGGAGUUCAAGCCUGUGCAGCAAUAAUCCCAAUCGUCUACACUGUAAUAUUUGCCAAAUGGAUUUCACAAAGAUUUGCGAUUACCUGCAGCACAUCAGAGAAAGCCAUGGCGCCCCAAACGUGAACCAAGGGGAUACUACACGGAGAGUAAAAGUGUCCAAAACGAAAAAAUCCUUGGCACACAAGACACUGACAUGCCCUGUAGAAGACUGUCCGCAUUUCUUUAGAGUGCAGAGAGAUUUAGAAACCCACUUUCUGAAGAAGCACUCCAGUCUAGGCACGUGCCCCCAUAGUGAUUGCUCCUUCACGUGCACCUCGCGUGAAGACUUGGAGAAUCACUUCCGCUUCGAUCAUGACGCUGUUGGGUCUGUGCACGCGCUAUCAGUUCCCAGUACGCCCGAGAGCAUUACAGAAAACAGCGCUGACGGAAUUUCUGUCAGAACAGCCUCGCUGUCCUCUGAGAAACCUCUGCACUGUGAGUUCUGUGAUUAUCGCUGUAGACAGAAAAACGCCCUGACGUGGCAUAUGAGGAAACACCCAGAGGCGGCCUCGCAAUACAAGCGUUACAACAGUAUGAACAGCGAUUAAGACAUUGCCUCGCCUAAGACAUGUCCCUAGUCACUCUUUGUUUGUUUUGUUGAGUUUUAUAGAUUUCAAUCUCACAUAGAUAUUAUAGUAUCUCAAAUAGUUCAUAUCACAUAUCAUAAAAAAAAUGGUUUGAAUACAAUAGAUUGUACAGGGAGAUGAAAUCUAAAAAUAAUGAAUCAGCAAACAAUGACGUGUACAGCUACAUAAGCUCAAGGAUACCUGCAUGGAAACAAAUAAAGGAACGUCUCUAACUUAUAAGACAACAUUGAUAGCUACUUUCCCCAUUACGGGGGCUGCUAAGAAUCUCGAUUGUGUUCAAGCUCUUAUUUGAGAUGACGAAGACAAAAAUCAAUGACCUAAACGUUCAGAGAAGUGAACGUCACAAUUAUUGUGUCCUCAUUCCUGGCAUGUAUCAGUUGACAUAUAUUGAGAUCGGCCUUUGAAAGAGUGUUGAAAGUUUAUUGUAUCUAUUCAACAGUUUAACAUUCAACAGUUUAACUUUCAGCAGUUUGACAUCUUGUUUGUUACAAGUGCAUAUUUCCCCUCCUUCUAAACCCACCCAGUUUAGAGGAAAUAUCAAAUUUUGUUUUGCCUAAGUCUAAAAAUGGCAAUGUCUUCGAUUCUGAAGAUUAAGUUUGAGUGCAGUGUUUCACAUGACUUACGCAAACCCAGUUGUGACCUGGAUAUUUUUUCCACAUCUCGUGCAGACAAAGGCGUUGUCCGCUUGCGGUCUAUUUAAGUUUUCUUUACGUCUUCUGUGCUUGCCUUCAAUAAUACCAUUCGUAGGUUCAUCAUUUAUCCCGCAUGGGAGACGACCGCAUGUCAAAGGCGAUCUUCUUUGGAGAGCUUCAAAAGGACGGCGUAACAGAGGUGCUCCCAUAAACUCUAUGAAUAUCACCUCAGGCGCCAUUUCGUCCUCACUUGCAUAGAGGAAAGUAGCCGGCAGUAGCAGAUGGCCUCUGAUAGAAACAGUUGAAGAGCUCUCACAAAGGCUCUAUGAUAGAGACAGUUGGAGAGCUCUCACAAAGGCUGCGGGACAAACAUUUGAGACUCAAAGAUAAGCCUAACUCUAACCCUUACUCUAAACCAAUGAGUUAAACACUCUCCUAAGAUGGUGGGUCAAGUUAAACAAAAAUCUGAUUCAUUAACAAAGCAGAAAAACAGCCCAAUUCUUCUUCUCCAAGAGAGGUAACCAAGUGCAAUAGAUUGUUAUUUUUCAGAGUGAAUUAUUUACCUUUUUUAUUUUUAGAGCAUAAAUAAACUGAACUGUAAAAUACAUUUUCUACAAAUCAUAUAAAUCAUGCAAUGACUUUGUCAUUAUACAAUAUAUCAAUGACUCCGUCCGUUAUCAGGUUUUGUUCACUGUUUUAUUUAAUAUAUAGAUAUUUCUUCCAUUAAAUCAUUGUUUAGAAA